AUGGCUGCUGUCUACUUCACAUUUGUCACAAAUCAACUAGACGAAGAUGUAGAACCAUGGCGAACAUGGAGUGGAGCAUGCUUUGGUGCAGUAGCAAAAAAGGGUUACGGUAUUUGCUACCGAUUUGGAGGUAAUCACUCUAUUCUGGCCCAUAUAAGCAGCUACAAAUCAGCUGAGAAUACGAGCUCUGCCAAAUUCCGCAGUCACCUUGAAGAAGCCUUCCGAGAAAUGGCAGAACUUUUUGGUGGCGCCAGCUGA